GCAGUGAGAGAUUUAAGAACUGAUAGGUGGUCGAGUUGUGUUUGGCCGGGUGGAUAUGCGCAAGCAAAGUCGAGGAGCUUUAUUUCCCCUCUCUUGUGGGAUUAUUGCCAGCAAUGGACAGAGAGAGGAAGGAGGAACAGCGGCAGGCGUUUCUUGAUUUUCACUGUUCUAACCUUGCAGCGCAUCGCAAAUGGACACUGGCCUCUUUAAAUACCGCGUUAGGAAACUUUUAAUAGUGCCCGAAAUACAUGAAAAGUGAGUGGCCCACGUGUUGUAGAGACCCAGAAUCCAAAAAAGAGGCGCAAUCAUGACGACCGAGAUUUCCCAGCAGCGUUUGGAUCCAUCCAACCCUCUGCGCUCCAGUCCAGCGGCCGGUGCUCUGAGCGCAGCGCUGCUGAGCGCACAGCCAGGGAUGGAGAACGCGCACAACGCAUCAGCUAAAGGGAAAAAGGGAAACUCAGGCUUGAGGCGACCAGAAAAGCCCCCUUACUCGUAUAUUGCUCUGAUUGUGAUGGCAAUUCAAAGCUCUCCAACUAAGAGGCUCACUUUAAGCGAAAUCUAUCAGUUCCUUCAGGCCCGGUUCCCUUUCUUCAGGGGAUCCUAUCAGGGAUGGAAAAAUUCUGUCAGACACAACCUGUCUCUGAAUGAGUGCUUCAUUAAACUGCCCAAAGGUCUGGGCAGACCCGGCAAGGGCCACUACUGGACCAUCGACCCGGGCAGUGAGUUCAUGUUCGAGGAGGGCUCCUUUAGGCGCAGACCUCGGGGGUUCCGAAGGAAAUGUCAAGCUCUGAAACCAAUGUACAGGAUGAUGAACGGUAUCGGGUUUGGAGCAUCCAUGCUGCCGCAGACCUUUGACUUCCAAUCAUCUUCUGGCUCGUUAGCUUGUCACAACAGCUACAACUUGGACUUGAUGGGGAAUACGGUUCCAGGCGGGUUCGAGGGGCUUGGAGGAGGACAUCACGUCCCGCACAUGUCUUCAUGCUCCGGGUCCUCCUAUAUGGCCGCAUGUCAGGCGGCCACCAACUCAGACUAUUGUCCGGACAGCAGCAGCAGCCCCCUGCAGUCCUCCCCAGCCAUGGUGGGCACUUUGGACUGUCAGUCUCCGUAUGCAAAUGCAGCCUCUCAUUGGAGCUCACCUGGAGUGUCUCCAUACAUCAAGCAGCAGUCUCUGGCAUCAGGCGGUCAGAACUCCUCCGCCAUGCACACUGGGAUGUCCUCUUACUCUCUGGAUCAGAGCUACCUGCACCAUAACGCACGAGAUUCUUCUGACAUAUCAGUGGGACUGUCUCGGUAUUCCAGCCACUCAGCUCCCGUGUGCGACAGGAAGGAAUUCGUUUUAAACCUAAACGGAAUCUCUUCCCUCCAUCAUCCCAGCAGCGGAGGAGCUUAUUACCACCAGCUCCAUCACCAUCACCAGAGCGUCUACCAGGACGUGAAGCCGUGCGUGAUGUGACGAGAACAGCUCCGGCGGUAAAACUGCAAAAGACUUCCUCUGAAUUCAGCCUGAACUGAACUUUUCUUCACGACUCCGAGAUGAGUAGGAAAAAGAAAAGUCUCCUCAGUGACCUUUGACCUUUGAAAUCAUCAGGUUAUGAUGUGGGGACUUGCAGCACUUUCUCAAUAUGUGACUGACUUCACGCACAUGGAUGCGCAAUAAAUGCAUUUUACUGAAAGAAUUAAAACAUACCUGAAUUCAUGUCUAUUCAUGCACUUCAUUUACUUUUGCUGACAUUGUUGACAUCGUUGCUGAUCUCCUGUCAGUCAUUUAAGAGAUUUAUUUGUAAAGGAUCAUUUGCAAAUGUUUGAGGUCUUAAGGAAUAAAUAUUUCUUAGAAAUAUA